AUGUCUCACUCAACCUCCAGCUCCCAGAUGAAGAGCUCUCCAGCAGUAGCUAUUCGGUACGAGUUGAACGAAGGUAAAAAGUUCUUUUACUUUCCAAACAGAGACCCCGAAUCACUUGAAGCUUUUAGGUACGCCAUGUAUAAUGGUCAGAGACACCUUGUGAAAGAAGUCAGUCUUGACGACCACGCCAAACGAGUUCGUGCCCCUGCGGUAUGUUGACCAAUUGACUCUAUGCACAUCUUCCACUUGAGCUAACCUUUUUUUUAAGUCUAUGUCAACAGUCCAAUAUCUGGCGACUUGGACGAACCAGCGUGAUGAGGCAAAGCGUUGUCCCAUCAAAAGGGAAAGAGAAGCCCUGCAAAACGAGUGGAGACGUACGAGCAAAUCAACUCAAAGAGAGAAGCUGGCUGGUCCUUUACAAAGUGUGAUGGAAGAAGACAGAGCUUAUUCAAGUUGUGCAGACUACGUGCCUUGGUCGAAGCGCAGGCGUGCGGAGGAUCCAAUUGCUAACAUGGUCUUCUUCCCUUUCCCCGCUUGGCCUGGUCAGCAAGUAAGUAAUCUAUCUGUUCAGAGCGUUUAAAAACACGAUACUGAUUACUCAAGCAUGAAUCUAUGGGUAGAACAGUUGCACCAACUCCCCCUACCGGACCACGCAUGUUUCCUGCCGCCAAUCAAAGUCUUCUGCCUCCUCGAUCUAAUUCUGGUAGUCAAGGUCGACCAGCCAUAUCGUUCAAUUGGGGCAACCAGUUGGCUAGAGACAAUCUAUACACUCGACAGUCUUCGCAAUCGGCUUCUGUUGAUAUUCAAAGUCGACUAGCUACAUCGUCUCAUGAGUCUGCUGGACACAGUUCACGUACCAGAGAGCCUCCACAAUCAACUACUGAUCAACACAAGUCAUGUAUUAGAGAGCCCUCGCGAUCAAGUAUUGAUCAACACAAGCCGCAGAUUAGAGAACCUCUCCAAUCAACUGCUGAUCAACAUAAUUCGCCUACCAGAGAACCUCCUCAAUCGACUACCACUACCGAUCAACACAAGUCACUUAAGAGAGAAGCUCCACAACCUACGACUGAUCUUCAACGUCACACAGGAAAAUCAUUUCAUCAAUCUGCUGGAGACAGUUCGCGUACUAUAGAGUAUCCGCAAUCAAUUCGCGAUAUGCAAAGUGGACCGACCAGCUCGCUCACUUCAUCAAUCUGCUGGACACAGUUCGGGUACUAGAGAGCUUUUGCAAUCGACCAUUGGCAUACAAAGUCUACCAGCUACUGCACUUCAUCAGUUGCCUGGACAUAACUCACGUACUAGAGAGGUCCCACAAUCAAUCACUAACAUGCAAAGCCAACCAGCUACGGUACUUAUUCAGUCGGCUGGGCAAGAUCCACAUCCUGGAAAGUCUCCGCAAUCUACUCCGGGUAUUCAAAGUCAACCAGCUACUGCACUUCAUCAAUCUGCUGAACACAGUUCGCGUACUAGAGAGCCCCUACAAUCGACCACAACUGGCAUACAAAGUCAACCAGCUACUUUACUCCAUCAGCCGGCUGAACACAAUUCAUAUCCUAGAGAACCACCUCAAUCCUCUCCCAGUGCAUCUACCAUUCCACCACAGCCAACCUUUGAGGAGCUUGCUCGUAUCUCAACCCAACUAGUCCAAGAUUUGCGUCGACUAAGUCCUUCUCCGUGGCAAACUUCGAAUCUGCGAAACACAAUGUCCUUAACACAUCCAAGUUUUGAUGCCCCAGUAAAUAACAGACAUGUACCCGUGCAGCAAGCAGAAUGGGUUUUGGUUCCACGAGAAGUUCUCAAUUCUUUGCUCUCUAAUCAACGAGAUCCCGCUUUCCAAGUCACAACAUACACAAGUCAAGUACCAAAUGAGCCUACGCCGGCGGCAAGCCCAUGACAAUCGACUCUGCAGACUCAAAUGCCACUCCGUCGAAAAGCCGAGGAGUCGAAUGCUUUGGAACCAGCAAGAGCCCUUCUUGCAGAUAUGUCAAUGACUCACAGAAAUAAACGAAUCAAGACCGAUCCACAAUAAAGCAAUUGAUCAAGCCGUCAAGCCAUCAGGCUAUAGUUAUUGUUGCCAUCAAGGCUCAUAAUUAUCUCAUUGAUUCGUGGCAGUGUAUUCCCAUCUUCAAAGAUGUAAGAUAAGAUUUUCAAGUAAGCAAUCUGGGGGUGGUAUGGAGAUUUUACUCAGAGCACGCAUAAGUCAACUCGUUCCCUUCGUUGAACGAAGUGUGCUUAGCCCUUUCCUG